CUGCCGCAGGGCGUCCUCAGAGUUCCACGUCGAACAAAGGAGCAUCUAGCGGUGCACGUCCCCAAGAUAAUUCUGCUCCAGUGGUUCCAUCCAAAAACACCGGAACCAACAGCGCGUAUCCUCGCGCACAACCCGGCUCCGAAGGAUCAAGCGCGAUGGCAGGAAAGCCUAGUGAAGGACGUCCUCAGGGCCAGUCUGCGAACACCGGAACAUCCAAGAGCCAGUCCGCGAACACUGGAGCAUCCAAUGGCGCACGUCCCCAGGAUCAAUCUACUCGUCCUGGCUCGACCACCAGCAACGUCACGCCUAGCGGAACACGGCCCAAGGUUCAGUCCCCUAACACGGGAAGCGCAGCGAUUCCUCAAAGUCAAUAUCUGGACCCAGGCUCAAUUAGUUCCCAGCUCGCCGAGCAGUAUGGUCUGGACGCUGAUGACGAAUUGCUUCCCCCGGGCUACAACCCUGUUGGAACAGCAUCUGGUGACGAGGAUGAGUCGACUCCCUCAAGCUACACGGGAGGGUUUCCUUCUCAGACCCAAGACGCUGCUCCGACUAGUGCCACUGAAUCCAGCUCCAAGGGUCAGCCUGUAGCUUCAAGCUAUGCUGGCACUGUGCCAAAGGAUCAAUCUGCAGCUGCUGGAUACCUUGGAAAUACUGCUCAAAGCCAGUCCUCCGGUUACGGCAGCUCUACUCCGCAAGGCCAGUCUUCUAGCUCUAGCUCUGGAAUCUCUACACCUCAAGGUCAAUCAUCGGCUUACGGUAGCUCCGCUCCUAAAGGCCAAUCUUCGGGAUCCACUAGCUCAAUCCCUCAGGGUCAGUCCUCAGGAUACGGUAGCUCCAUCCCUCAAGGCCAAUCUUCGGGAUCCACUAGCUCAAUCCCUCAAGGUCAGUCCUCAGGAUACGGUAGCUCCAUCCCUCAAGGCCAAUCUUCGGGAUCCACUAGCUCAAUCCCUCAAGGUCAGUCCUCAGGAUACGGUAGCUCCAUCCCUCAAGGCCAAUCUUCGGGAUCCACUAGCUCAAUCCCUCAGGGUCAGUCAUCUGGGUACGGAAGCGCAUCUCCCCAAGGUCAGAGCUCAGCUCCUCAAGGCUAUUCCAGCGGCGUCGGUCCGGGGGGCGAUCCUGUCUACAACGGGCCUAUGGCAGGCCCGGACACCCAGGGCCAGGCUAGCGGUGGUACUGGAAAGUCUUCCGCAGGUCAAUCUAAGGGCACCGCAUCACCAUCUGGUCACACCACGAGCUCCGGCCAAACUCCUCAGGGUGAUUCAUCUGCUGCUGGAUCUGGAAAAUCUCAGCCUGGGCAGGCACAGACCCAAGGACAGGGGCAGGCCCAGGGUAAGAGUCAGACCAAGACACAGCAGCCAACUCAAGGAUACGCUCAGGGCCAAGGUCAAGCACAGACCCAGGGACAAGGACAAAAGCCAAGUCAAGGUUCCGCCCAGAGCCAAGGCCAAGGAAAGGCACAGACCCAAGGACAGCAGACCCAAGGACAGGGACAGACUCACGGGUCCGCUCAGCAAGGACAAAACCCAGCUCAAGGUUAUGCUCAGGGCCAAGGACAGACCCAGGGACAGGGACAGAAGCCCAGUCAGGGUUCCGCCCAGGGUCAAGGCCAAGGUCAGAGCCAGACUCAAGGACACUCUCAAGCCCAAGGGCAAGGACAAGGACAAGGACAAGGACACUGAGGCAACGGCGGAGCCUUCGAGAGGAAUGUGGGAAUCCUGGUUGAAAUUUAUCAUAAUACGUAAUGGAAUUAAUAAGCCCCUAAUUAAUUGAAUUGAAC